AAUCAACAUCAAUCUUCCCAUGGUGCAUCAGGUUGCUACGAACAAAACGACAGUUGAGCGGGAAGAAAAGAAGAAAUAGGACCUGAUUUUUUUUAUAAAAGCCAAGAUGAAGUACUUGGCUUUGUCAUUACUUGCUGCUUUUAUUUGCACAUCUGCAGCACUUGAGUGUUAUGUUGGUGAAGCUGAGUAUGGUAAUAUGCCCUUAACAAGGAAAUGCCCGACAAGUGCAGACGCCUGUGCUGGAUGGUAUGACAGAGCAGCUAACAAUGAGACAGACCCCACUACUACAUCUUAUUAUGCAUGUGUCACAUUGGGUGAUACUCCUGAGUGUGUCCUUGAUCUUCCAUGCCUGACGGUCAGUAACACCAGCACUUACUACUGCUGCCAGACAGACUCUUGCAACAAAAUUGUCCAGCUUGACACUGGCAAUAUUCCAGGCACCAGCAGGAGGAGGUGUUAUGUUGGCUCUAAUGACUAUGGUCUGCCCAGGGCCACCAACUGCCCAGAAGAUCAGCGUAAAUGCGCCUUCUAUAAAGACGAGUCCACCAAUGUGAUCCAUUGGACAUGUGUGGCAGCCGGAGAAUCAAAAUGCAAUUCCACUACUAUUGCUCCAACUGAUACCAGCAGCGGUGCCUACCUAUGCUGUGACACUAAUCACUGUAACCCAGCCACUUUGAUGCCUACCCCAGCUCCUACACAAGCACCUACCCAAGCACCUACCCAAGCACCCACGGCUGGGAGUGAGGCUGAGGGCGAAGCUGAGGGUGGAGGUGGAGGUGGGACAACGGCAGUGGCAGAGUCAGCGGCUGCUCUCGCCCAUCCAGUGAUACUCCUGGUGCAGGCAGCACUGGCCAUGGCAGUAUCCGUCACCCUACUAUAA